AUGUCCACACGCUCGUUGUCUCCUCAGUCGCCCGAACAAGUCGCCAAUUUAACAGUUCGUUAGCAAAUCAGCCGUCAAAUAGUUGGUGGACUAUCAGAAAAUCAAAAAUUUAGAUUUCAACCAAAUUUUAACGUUUCUCAAAAUUCAGCCUUACUUCACCUCCAACGCCUAAUUUUUUUGAACAUACCAACGCCUAAUUUUUUUGAACAUACAGAAGUUUCGAAACUUAGGUUCGAAAUUCUCGGCAGCGUUUGUGCUUGAACCCAAAGUUAAAACGCGAAGAAUUUUUUAAGGAAGCUCUGUAACUCAUUCGCCAUCGCUUGAAACAAUCUUACUGUUCUGUGCCCUCUCUAUCUAUACCCUGCACUCACUCUUUCAAAGCUAUUUUCCUGUUUAUAUGAGAGCGUCGCAGAAGAAGAAGAAAGCGCAAAAAGCGUAGAUUUUUUCAAGUCAUGGAAAUUUAAAUACGUGAACUUGAAUCAAUGACCACAUUGAAAGAAAAAGUUUGAAAAUUUCAUCUUUAAUAACACUCAAAAAUCGAAAGUACAGGAAUCUUACUUCUCAAGAAAAGCUCCGGAGGCGCUGCGAUUUCCGGAUCUCAUCAGUGUUAACAGCAGCGGAGAUGUGAGAAGAAGCUGAAAACUGCUCGAAACCUUCCGCUUCAGAUUAUCUACGCUUGGAAAGUAUCUGUCAACGUCGACGUGAACCGAGAGACCGGUGAGGCGCAAAUCGAAGUCGUCAAAAUCAUCUCUCAGUAUCACGUCAAGUCUGGCGAAGUAUGGAGAAAUCGGAUUUGCACAGACGAGAAAUACAUUCAGAGUCGCACCUAUGAGGUGGACGACGAGUUGAGCCUGAUGGAACUGCAGCAGCGAUGUGACUUUUACGUUGUUACUGACUACACGGGUAAAAGCGAUUCUUUACUCAAUUUACCAAUGAAAUAACCAAUCAUUCGAAAGAUUCCAUACAACAAAACUUUGAAUAUAUAUUUUUUAAAGUAACAUCAAAUAAUUCUCUAAUCAAGAUAGAAUUGGAAUGAGUAUACUCUGUAAAAACCAAAAAAUACGGUUCAGUGGUGCUCGUCACUUAUGAUGUGGAGAAGUGUACUCUAGGGCAAGUGGUGUUCCAGUUGCGACCAAAGACUCACGCUGCGGAAUGGAUCGCCACGCGGACCGUCACCGUUGCACUCACCCAUUCUCCGUUUAUCGGUAGAUGUUCAGCAGGAAAACCAUGUCCUCGAACUUUUUUCAGGAGUCGGACAGCUUCAAGAGGGAAGAGUUCUCAUAACUGGUUCUCGGUCAACAACCGGAGAACUCGUCGCGAGAAGCUUCGCAGCUGAUCCACAUAUGUUGAACGUGAUCAGUGACGUCGACUACUCCACUCAGGUAUUUCAGGAAAGUCAUACAAUAUCACUACAUGUAUUUUUCUCUUCAAAACGUUAUCUUUCAAGGCGUUGAGUCCAGGUUUGUCCGAACCAGAGAUAAUGAAUGAACUUUUAACUGAUUGAAAAGGAAAACAAUGAAUAUAUGAAAGAUGGAAUAAGAUGGACUUUAAAAAAAUAAUGGUUCCUAUAGACAAAAAAGCUAAAUCAAACUUUCCUAGCCUAAUUAACAUUUUAUAUCGAACGAAUGAUGUGUCGAAGACACUUCAAACCUUCCAGAUAAAUAACUUCUGCGCUUUCCUGCGAGGCGCAAAAGAAGAAAGAGAAGUAUUCAUCGGUGGAGUUUUCGUCGUCGGAAAUUUUCUAUUUAUAAUGCUUCGGAGGUUCAAAACAUCAAACUUUUUGACCGAAUGUUUUUUUUUUCAAGAGAAGACGUGAUGAUAAUGGAUGAGAUUGGCAAAAUAGACCUUUUGACGAACGUCUUUUCCUUGUGCGAGGUCAACAAAUCCUCAGUCGCGUAAGACUCUUUAGAAUGAGUUUUUCAAGGCGUUUUGCUCCAGCUUCUCCGGUCACCUCACCAUCAGACACCUCAAACAACUCACUAGCCGUCGAUCUAACGUUUGGAUGAGUUUUGUGGCGCCCGACUACGAUCAACUUAACACUUUUUACUGGAACAUUCGACUAAGACUGGUCUACGCUAACCUGUACUUUUUGAAGGAAAACAUUUAAUUAUCACGUAAUAUUUUCCGACUGGUACUAAUUUUUCUUCUGAACGCAACGGUGAAAGUGAGAAGGUUGGACAACGGCUUCUCGCUAAACGUUUUGGUCUGGUGCCUAGAGAAAGUAUAUGGGUUUCUAAAACGAGUCUCGUCCUCUUUAAAAAUUGAACUCAGGCCGACUAUGAUGCCUCGAACAGCCCCUGACAACCGUUUCUACAUGUAUUUCUUCGACUUGAACGAAUUCCGCUACGUCAAAGCCAAGUACACGGUAAGAGUAACAUCAAAACUAUGGAAUUGAAAAAUCUUAACAGCCACCGAAGAUUCACACAGAAGCUCUGCAUCGGGCAGAGUUUCUCACUGCGUUUGAAUGCGACGAAGAAGGAGGAGCUCUUGUCUACGACUUCGCCACUAAAUCUUGCACAGACAUCAGGUGUGGAUCUAUCAAAGAAGUUCCUAAAAGUCCGAAGAAAAAUUUCAGUGUCAACUACUUUCCAAAACCGACUGCUCCCCUGCGACUCUCUAGUAUGGCAACUCACGUAGCCUACAGGUAGCGUUUCACUAGAAAUAACAUAAUACUCUUUUUCUAGGAACUACCCAUCCUUCGAAAAAUCGCCUUUGUUGCGAAGAAUGCUAGGCGUGACAAACUGGAACUGGUCCAUCUAG